CCCACCCAGGACGCAGCCAUGACCGAGAACUCCGCCCCGGCCGCCCCCAAGGCCAAGCGCGCCAAGGCGGCCAAGAAGGCCCCGGACCGCCCCAAGUACACCGACAUGAUCACCGCCGCCAUCAAGGCUCUCCACAGCCGCGGCGGCGUGUCCCGCCAGGCCAUCCAGAAGUACAUCACCGGCAAGUACCGGGUGGGCGACAACGCCAACGUCCAGGUCAAGAUGGCCCUGAAGAAGCUGGUCCACAACGGCACCAUCAAGCAGACCAAGGGGUUCGGCGUCUCAGGCUCCUUCCGGCUGGCCAAGGGCGACGAGCCCAAGAAGGCGGUGAGGAAGGCGGCCCGCUCGCCCAGGAAGGCGGGCGCGGCCCCCAGGAAGGCGGCCAAGGCGACGGCCAAGCCGAAGAAGGCCAAAGUGGAGAAGAAGAAAGCCAAGACGCCGAAGAAGAAGGUGGCCACACCCAAAAAGACCAAGAAGGCAAAACCAGCAAAAGCCAAGGCCAAGACCAAGAAGAAAUCCAACAGCCAGAAACCUAAAGGGAAGAAAGCCAGGAAGUGAUCGCCGUCGCUCCAUGAAAACGUGGACUGGUCUUUGGGUUUCCAUUUUAAUUCUCUGGAAACUUUGUGUACAUACAGUUUAAAUUUUUUUUUGAAUUCAAUGAGGAGACUUUUUAUUUUGUCAGCAGCUCUUUGUGUCUUACGCUUGAAAA